AUGAAUUUAAAUCAAAUUUUUGUUAUUUUUGGCUUAAUUUUUGUUGCUUUUUGUGAAUUAGUUCUUAAGCCUGAGCCAAAAGUUCCUUCAACCUCAAGAGCAUUUCGGGACGUUUUUUAUGAACUUUUUGUGAAAGAUAAAGUUUCGGUUGACAUCGCAAUCAUUCAAGCAUCAUCUGGCUUUUCAAACAGCAUUCAUAAUGAGAUUCUAGCUGAGAUAAAGGAACAACGUUCAUAUCGAAUAUUCUCAUGGAGCUUUUAUCCAAAAGCAUUUAAAUUCCUGAUUUAUAUUCACAAAUGCGAUCUUGGUUUCCUUACUCGAAACAUCAAAGCACUCACCAAAGGAGAUAAAUUAUCAUUUUUAAAUGGCCGAUUAGAAAACUAUGAAUUUAUAAUUGUCAACGAUAAUGACUUAAUUCAUCUUUUGACAAUCGAAUGGUUCACAGACACAGCAUGUAAUCAACCACAACUAAUAGUUCUGAAUUCAUUCAACACAAUCACACAAAAAUGGAACAAAACAUUGGAAAAUUAUGAAAAAUUUGUAGAUUUUCAUGGCUGUAUGCUUAAGUUGGGAUUGAUCGUGUCUCAUGUUGAUAAUUGUUAUGGUUCGAUGAGACCACCAGACCAAAAUAAGGAAACAAUUGAAACCAAUGGAAUAAUACCAGAAGUAUUUCGAAUUGCAGCACAAAAAUUAAAGUUUACUCCUGCUCUCAGUGUCACUGACGAUGAAAAUGAUGUAGAUGUGUAUGUUGAAAUAAAAAGAAUGACAACAUCCGCUGAAGGCUGGUUACACAUGACAUCAACGUUUCUAGAAAUUCGUGACAUCAUUGUUGCUACACCUGGAGAACGUUACACUGCUUAUGAGAAACUUUGGCUGCCUUUUGACGAAACCACAUGGAUCUUGCUGAUUUCGACAUUUUUAUUGGCUUUCAUUGGAAUUUUUGUUGUUAACUACAUGCCAAAAUUUAUACAACAACGAGUUUUUGGUGAAAAAGUUCAAACUCCAGCACUAAAUGUUAUCAGCACAUUUUUUGGUAUUUCUCAAUACAAAUUACCAAUCAGACACAUUCCACGGUUCAUCCUCAUGAUGUUUGUGUUUUUUUGUCUAAUUUUCCGGACUUGCUAUCAAAGCAAGUUGUUCGAAUUCAUGACAAAGGAACCGAGACAUCCACCACCAAAGACUGUUGCAGAUUUAAAGGCACGAAACUACACAGUUUAUUCGAUUUUACAGAAAAGUUUUUUGACGGAAUUUCUAGAAUAUGAAGAAUCGAUGUGGCCAAACGUUAUUACGCUUGAUGAGCAGUCAUUUAUUACUUAUUUUAUGUCACAGUCACAAAAUGCUACCGCAAAACUAGCUUUCAUCGUUCAAACAUUGGUGCUUGAUAUGUAUUACAUUCAUUUUAGUGACAGAGGAAAAUGGCAUAAGCUGCCCAAUUUUAAUUUUCAAGUCAGUCAAAGUGGAUUUUUUGUUGCUCAUAAUAAUUUCAUGUUUGAGCCAAUUGAUAAUAUAACCCAGAAGCUAAUAUCAGCUGGAAUUAUGAACUAUUUGGUUCAAAAAUGUUCCAGUGGUCUCAAAAACAUCAAUGAGGAAGUCGUAUGGUCAUCUUUGGUACUAAGUAGUUUGAAAUUUGGAUUUGUCAUUUGGAUUGAAUGUUGUGGAGUUUGCUGUAUUGUUUUUGUCGUAGAACUGUUGAUUUUGAAGUUAUUUAAGGGAAUUAAUACGUCUCUGGCCAUUAGUAUAAAGCAGAUUAGGCAAUUACUGAUGAAACUUAAGGCAAUUUCAAACACAAGAAUUAAGAAAAGCAUUCAAACACAAAGAAAGAGAAUUCAUGAGAAUUUAAAUAAGAAAAUUGGGAAUUUUUCAAAGAAAUUGUAA